GUGUAUUGGCGGAAUCAUAUUUGCAAGAAAUUUAUAACGAAUGCAAAUUAACCCAUCGAGUCUCGCAGAAUGAAAUUAAUAAAUUCAACACCGCUGAUUUAGACAGUUUUUCUUACAAAAUGAAGUGCUUUUCAACAUGCAUGGCACAACUUCUGGGAUUGAUAUAUGAAGGAAGUAAAUUUUGGGAGGAGAGGAUAGAAAAAUUGCUGAGCACUGUUAAAGUAUCUCAAGUCUAUCAGGAUUUUCGUUCCAUUGCAAAUAAAUUCUCAAUGAGCCUACUCAAGAGAGGAGCGGAUAAUUUGGAUACCCUUCAAAUGAUUAAGAAUCAACAAAGCAAAGAACAGGCUUGGAAAUCAACCCUGUUUGUAAACGAGGCCCUCGAUAAAUUUAUGGAAUGCAACCAGAAAAUGAAAGACUAUAAUUCGAAAGGAGAGUGUUCUUUCAUCCACGACUUCAUCAAAUGCUUCACAAAUAAAUCUGAUUCACUGGAAAAAUUUUGGAACAAAGAUUUCCGCAGCAUUUUUGAUCCAAGAGAUUACAGCAGAAUGGUGGCAAUGAGUGCAAUAAUGAACAAUAAUGGAAGCCUCAAUUUUUCUGAAUCGGAAUUCAGAAAAUAUGUACAGGUGGUAAAUAAAAUAUCCUAUGCAGAGGACGUAAUCAGCUCACGCUGCACCUACCGAUAUUUGCGACCGAAAAUUUUGACUUUCAAGGAAGCUUGCUUGGCGAUAGUGCAAAGUUUCGUACCGACCCCCGUGGGAAACGUUUUUAUGUAUAAACUGGUCAACAAAGAAGAGCGCUAUCCUCCGUUUUUUGCAGCCGCCACGUGUGCUCGAGCAAACGGAAGCCUCGUCACUGUGACAGAAUCCAGCAUCUCUAGCUUGAAAAUUCUAAACAAAUUAUUGCGAAACGCAACCAAGAGCGGUCCACUCAUUAAUGAUGCCUCGGAUUUAUAUUCCAACUCGAUUCUCCUGGAUGAGACUUACUUGGACUCCGAAAACGUUACUCGCUGGUGCAGCACCUCAGAGGAGAUGCCCAAAUCUUUGUUUGAUCCAAUGCAAGAGAAUCCCUUUCAUCUUUACGUAAAUUAUAACGCUGAAUUUGAUUCCAUGUACUUUAUGCAAAGCGGCAUUAUGUCUGAAGAUGACAAUUUAUUUGACGUUCCCGUUUUUUUCUGCGCAUUUGAUGAGUCAUUUUUAACUUUGUGCAAAAAGAGGAAUUGAAAAAGAGUAAAAAUAAUUUUGUUUUAUUUUUAUUCGUGUGAUAAUUUCAGGGAUGUUCAAUAAGGGAUGGUACAAUUUCGGCAGACAGUCUUAUUAUUUUCAUUUUUAUGUGUGUUACAAAUUUCAGGUUGUGGUAUUUUAUAUUGGUUUACCCUCUUUCAAGAUGAAAUUUAAGAUUUAAGAAAUGAAAAUCCUUUCUUUUAAAAUCAACCGACUUCAUAAUAUUGAUUUAUAACAAAUAAAUUUAAGUAGAUUCAGUCCUCUUUAUGCUCUUAAAAUAAAAAUAUUUGGUCCCAUUAAGUGACAGUAUUGUA